CUAUAUGAGUCAAAACCCAAUUCCUAAAGUUCUAUAUGAUGUUGAUCAAUAGGUCUUGAUCAAAAGGUUAUAAUGCAGGUCUCGGUUGCUUGAAAAGAAAUGCAAUUACUAUAAAAGAAGAGAAUUGCUGAUUAUCUAAUAAUAUCGACCAGAAACUCCUAAAAAAUUAUCAGACUCUAAACUUUCGGAGACAUCUACUAAUUGUAAUUUCUCAACUAUGAUUGAUGAAAACGAUUCUUCCCAAAAUUUACAAGAAAAAGUCUAAUAGAAAUAGUGUAAAAUUUCAGAACUUCAAGAGGCUGUGGAAGCUCUUUAAAAUAAGGUUAAGAGUUUGCAAGCAUAAAACGAUGAAAUGUAAGAUCAAUUAUCAAAGCAAGUCAAAGGGUUUGUUAGAAAUGACAAAGUGACUCAUUCAGGUAUUUCAAUACACUACCUAUAGUGAAUCUCACCAAAUCUACCAGUCAGACAGAAAAGGCAAUGGCGACGAUUGACAAAUUUUUUUAACCAUUCACUGCAAACUCAUUCAAAUCUCAAGAUGGCACACCUCAAUCGACUGAAGAGAAGAGGAAGAUGAUAAAGAGAAUGAGCAUGAAUGCAGGGGCUUCUGCGUAUAUGAUGGCCAUGAAAGGGGAUUAUACUACAUUGUAGAAUGCUAUCGAGGAGAUCCAAAGUAGCAAGAAUCUUGAACAAUCGUGAAUUAAUUAAUUUUAUAUAUAAUUUUGUUGUUGG